CGUUCGUUAACGGACACCGAGGUCCCGGCCCCUGAGGGCAUGCUGUGUCCAUGAAACCGUUUGUCACAUCGAGGAAACUAAGAAAGCCAUCGCUUGCGCCAUCAAAAGAAACUAAGCCAGCGCACGUUGCACAGGGAGAGACCAUGCAAAUACCAUGCAACGUGCAUCACAAUGAGCGAGUCGAUCAACUCCUUCACCCAAACUGUCUGAUGAACACUCGCUGUGAAGUCGGUCUGCCACCGUUCCCAUCUCAUGCGAUCGAUGUCGGUCGGUCUGUCUGUCUGUCUUUGUCGGUCUCUCCCCGUGUUGGUGGAGCGUAUUUGUGUGUCUGUCUGUCUGUCUGUCUGUCCUCAGCGGAUGGCCCACAGCUCAAUGUCAUCAGCCAUGAGCACCGCCGCCUCAGUCUCGAUGUCGGCCAAGUACCAGCGUGAGUCGGUCUCACUCGGGCCGCCACUCACCUUGAGCAUCACCUCCUCGCCUCGCUGACGAGACACACACACAAGAUGCGUAUCACACCAUGGUAUGGUGUGAUACGCCUGACUGACUGACUGGCACAGCCCACCUGCAAGGAAACGAAUCCCCGGCCCGACCCGUCUCUGGUCAUGGCCACACACAGCUUGACGGUCUUGGACGUCACGGGCAGCUGCACCGAGGGGUCGUUGGUCUUGAUGUGCAGCAUCACGGCAUAGACAGUCGCAGACGUCAGUGUGUGUGUGGGGGGCACGUCGGGUGGUUUUGAGCAGGGUGGGCGAGCUCUGCAUGACAAUUGCAUGGCUGCAUGGCUCGUCGCUGUCACAGUGAUGGAUCAUGAGACACAGUGGGCCGGAGGGCAGCUCGUGGCGCACGGCGUGGGUGACUGAGUGGCAGAGAGCACUCAGUGUGUUGUUCGCCUCACUUGCCCUGCGAACAACACUCACACACCACACACAGAUGAGCACGUGCCCCUCUCUCUGUCCCUCUGUGUGGCCUGGCUGCAAAUUUCCCUCGGGACCCUGACCCUUCGACUCGACUCACUUGUGCAGCUUGUGGAGCACAUUGUGUGGCAGGUUCAUGGCCCUGCACUUGGUCAGCACCACCUCCAGGGCAGCAGCAGACACCGUUGCAGUAUCCACCUUCGGGUGGGAUGCUGGCGCGGCGGUGAGGGUGCGUGCGGCAGUGGGUGUGUGUGGCAGUGGCUGCAGGCGGGCGGGGGGCGGGAGAGGGGGCGUCUUGGCUGUGUUGUUGGCCGGUGGUCGUGCGCGAGAAGAAGAUGGCGCGGCGCUGGGACGCAUCGGCGGCGGCGGCGGCGGCGAGACGGGUCGCUGCGAAAACGGGUCCUGAUCACACACACAUGCAUCAGCACAGAGAAUGAGUGUGAGUCGGCGUGUUGUCUUCGUGUGUGUGAGGCAGCUAGUUUACCUGCACCCGCUUCCAAACCGGUUCAUGUCCACAGCGGGGUCGGUCGGCGUAGAGACCUCCAACUGGCCUCGACGACUGCUUGUCGGGCUCAGGUGUGGUGGUGUGCUCGGAAAAAGGCCGAGAGUCGCCAUGAUCGAUGUAGACACGCCGCACUGGCACAGACACGUCAUCGACAGGCGAACGCUCGGCACGCGACUGAAGGAAACAUGGCACACGAUCCAUCCAUCCAUCCAUCCAUUCAUCCACCCCUCUCUGUCUUUGUGUGUUGACCUGUGUGUUGUCAACUGACGCAGCAGCAACAACAUCUUCAACAACCGAACGCAGCACACGACGCACCUGAACAGCAGAAGCAUCCACACAAGGCCUUCGUCCCUCCCUCUAUCUCUGUGUGAGUGUGUUGUGUAUGUUGACCUGUGCAUCGUCAUCGUCGAUGUCGUUCUGCCUGCGGCGACGACGUGUGGUGGGCGGCAUCGGCAAAUCGCUGAACUGGUCCUGUCGACACCGUCACGGGCACUUGGUCUUAGUGAGUGUGUGUUCCUGUGUAUGUGUCACCUCUGAGUUGUCGUUGGUGCGGACAUUGCGGAAACAAGAGCGAUACGGCGGUGGAUUGAUCACCUGAGACACACAUACACACACACACACACACAUACCAUCCGUCUGUCUGUCUGUCUGUCUGUCACAACUACUCGGAGCAUCAUCAUUGGAUCUGCAGUGUCUCACCCCGUCGCCUGAGCUGUCACUGUCC